GCGGGCGGUCUGGCGGGCGGGACGGGUCGGCGGGAGCAGGGCAGACGCGGGCGGGCCUGAGGAGCGGCGGGGGCGCGGCCCCCUGCUCGAGCCCGGGCGCGCGCGCCCGCGGUGCUCGCUCCCGUGGCCGCGCUCCGGGAGCGGCGCGGGUCCUCACCCAGCGCCUGGGUCUGGUGCGCGCUGCCGCGCCGCCGCCUCCACCCUCCCACACGUGAGCCCAGUGAAGCCAGCAGUGCCCCGGAGGAGACCCCGCCAUGGAAGGCAAACCUCUGCUGGUGUCCAGACAGAGGACGGAAGUGGUGUGCGGGGUCCCCACCCAGGUGGUGUGCACAGCCUUCAGCAGUCACAUCCUGGUGCUGGUGACCCAGUUCGGCAAGAUGGGCACCCUGGUCUCCCUGGAACCCAGCGACGUCGCGGGUGACAUCGGCAAGCCGGUGCUCAGCACUAGAGUCCUUCUGGGGCAGGACGAGCCUCUCAUCCAUGUCUUUGCAAAGAACCUGGUGACGUUUGUGUCUCAAGAAGCCGGGAACAGAGCGGUGCUCCUGGCCAUGGCCAUGAAGGACAGGAGUGUGGAGGGGCUGAAGGCCCUGAAGGAGGUGAUCCAGGCAUGCCAGGUGUGGUGACCCUGCUUGCUCCUCGGCGCGGCCAAGGGGACACUCGGACACCCUCCUGAUUUGGAGGGUCAGCAGGAGGAACUGUGUGGCCUCCGUCCUGGGACCCAGAAGGAACUCGCACACCCAGGCCAACUCUUACUUGGUUGGGUCGCUAAGUCACCCGCAGCCCCAUCCGGUGGGGACAGAGCCAUGGAAUGUGUCCUGGGGGGGCAUGUGAAGGGUUCCCAGCAGGGUGAAAGUAGUUGUAUAUAAUCUAGAGUUGAAAGAUGAGUCAUCAGGUAUGAGUCCUGUCCUCCACGCAUGGUAGCAAAUGUUGGAAGUCAGUGGUUUUUAAUAAAAAUAAACGCCUGCCCUAAAUGGCUACACCA